AUGCUCCUCCGAGAGUUGACCUUCGCGCCCGGCAUGUAUAGCUUGUGGAGGGUACAAAGGUGCAGAUGCGCGGACCUCCAGGCGUCGGUGUAGGCAGCAAUGCCCAUCUCAUCUUUGUGCGCGGAGGCAGACGUCAUCAGAAAGGUGGACGGGCACUAUGUACACGGCUCUAGGUUUGCUAGAGGGAUCUGUACUGUCUCAGUAACCUGGUUUUGCCAUCAAAGGAGGAGGGGACAGGUGGUGACGAGCUGAUUGGGCUGGUUGAUCCUUCGGCGCGAGAAUUUUUAGACCAAGAACCCUAAGUGCAACGAGGGAGAAAGCGAGGAACCGACUGGGAUGGACAGCAACGAGAGCGUGUACGAAGCGGAGCGGGUCGAGUUUGGUCGUGCUAGGACUGGCCACAGCGGCACCGGAGCAGCGGCACCGGAGCAGGCGGACGACAUCGAACCGUGGCGCACGGACAAACAUCUCUUGUGUUGUCAAAUAUUUCUCCGUUUUUUUCCUGGAUACAGGUGUCGGGUGUGUGUGGUAACGUCACUGGUUUUGUAGGGACGCGGCAGAGAAUGGCGCAGAUAACCCGCGUGCCUCACUUGUGUACCUGCAUCGUGGAAGACCCCUUCAAUGUGGAACGAUUCCUAGUCAGUGUCGAUGAUUAGAUUACACUGCUGUGCCUAACACAGAUGAUCUGGAUAGAUUGGGGUGAUUGUCAAUUAAUUGCAAUUAUGGCUUUGGUUGGAUGUUCUUCUUCAUUGUAUGUCCACGGACUCAUUCUGACAGCACAUCAGACAGCAGCUGCAUGCCCCGAGCUUGUGCACCAUGCAUGCACCAUGGUGUUAUUUUUGUACAGACAGCACUUCAGACAGCAGUACGCUGUAGUCGACAAACAUUCAUUUUGGUUAAAUGCGGGACAAGGGGGGUGAUGCUGCUGCUGUAGUCGAUUUGUAGUGUGUGGGCGUGUAGUUCAGUUGUGAGCAUGCAAACGUGCUGCAGGGAUUGCAGGUGUACCUCCUCGGGCUUGCGUACCCUUUUCUUGCUAAUAGUGUGCGUGUUCUUUAGAUCUUCUGAUGGCUCUAGCAUUUUGGUGACCACGGACCGAGUCUUUGCAAUAUU